AUGGCUAGAAGAUACGAUUCAAGAACUACCAUCUUUUCGCCUGAAGGUCGUUUAUAUCAGGUUGAAUAUGCCAUGGAGGCUAUUUCUCAAGCCGGUAUCGCACUUGGUAUUCUCGCCAAGGACGGUAUUGUUAUUGCAGCUGAAAAAAAAGUUACUUCUAAACUCUUGGAAAAUGACAUAUCUUCAGAGAAAAUCUAUAAAUUAAACGACAACAUCAUUUGUGGUGUUGCAGGUAUUACAGCUGAUGCCAACAUUUUGAUCAACUGGACAAGAGCUAGUGCACAACGCUAUUUGUUUGCUUAUAACGAAGAAAUCCCAGUUGAACAAUUAGUUCAAAAUGUAUGUGAUCUAAAGCAAGGUUAUACCCAAUAUGGUGGUCUGCGUCCAUUUGGUGUUUCAUUUAUCUUUGCUGGUUAUGAUGAACAUCAUGGCUUCCAGCUUUAUCAUUCUGACCCUUCUGGUAACUAUGGUGGCUGGAAAGCAACUUGUAUCGGUGCGAACAAUGCUACAGCACAAAGUAUCUUAAAGCAGGAUCACAAGGAUGAUAUGACAUUAGAAGAAGCAAAGGCACUAGCUAUCAAGGUCUUGAGCAAAACAAUGGAUAGUACUACAUUAACAAGUGAAAAGCUGGAAUUUGCUACGAUUCAACUUAAAAAUGACAAGGUUCAUUAUGAACUUUAUAAACCUGAUCAAAUCAAUAGCUUGUUAAAAGAGCAAAAUGUUGGUGGCAAUACCGAAUCAAAUGAAUAA